CAGAUGUGCCGCUGCUUCCACGACAACAGGGCUAAGUGAGACUUCAUAGACAUUUCAGACCCCAGUUCCCCGUCUUUUUGGGGGACAUGGAAGGUCAGCAAGAGCAGCGAUCCAUGCUCCUUUGUCUUUCCCCAUUUAUGUCUCGUCGAAGGAGAUGCGCGAGUCCGCUCCGUAACCGCUCCCGUCCCGUGUGCCGGAUUGGCGCAGAUGUGUGCCUCUUAUUUGGUUGCGGCCGUUGAAUAUCCUUUUCCCCAAAUGUCGUGAUUCAGGCUGCAAUAGUUUCAGUGUUGGACUUCUAUUUUGGGCGAUUGCCAUGGAAGAUCCAACAGCUGAACCGUCAGUCUCUAGGCCAGCGUUUUUGCCAGGCCCCGGAGUACACGCGUCGAUCUCUGCUCUUCCUGGUGGUCACGUCGCUGCUAGAUGUAGUCAUGCUAGGACUUGGCCUACAGAAAGCGAAGCCGAACCAGGCAAUUUGCAUGCAAUCCUAGCAGGAGGCCAUUCGAAGAAUUUCCAGUUCUCACGGGACGGGUUGCACGUCACGAAGUGGACCAACCCCGGUGAGAUAGUUUUCUAUCGUUGGCUCUACGGUCUUGCUGGCACGCCUCUUGCCCAACAUCCGAGUAUCUGUCACGAGGAAAACGGUAGUGUCUCCAUCGAAAGUCACUUGUGUGACCGCUCACAAAACCAGGCAAUGUGCAGGAACGAAAAGCCAUCGUGGUCACUCGCGACUGCACGGUUUUCCGGUGAAACUUCGGGCGCUAAUGAGCAAUCCCCUCGCCAGCGUCGGGUUUCCACUGACAGGGAAUUUGGAAUUGCGUGCUCACACAACUCAGAGGAAACGGAAGACGCUUCUCACUUCUCCGAACGUGCUUCUCUGGAGAAGGAAUGGACCGGGAACGCAAAAGUGGUAGAGAGACAGGCGCGAGCUCUGAAACCGUGGAUUCCUGACGCCGUUUGUACCUCGUUCGCUACUGAGGAAGUUUCAGGUGGAGUCCCAGAUGAAUCAACUGACACUGCAAAAGCCAAACUCCGCGGUGAUGGGCGGAAACGAGGGAUUCUCGUCCUCGCUAACAUUCUCCAGGGCAUGCGACGGCCUGUUAUUAUAGAUCUGAAAAUGGGCACCCGGACCUACAGCGAUAAGGCUUCGCCCGAAAAGCGUGCGCGAGCCAAAAGGUAUGCAGAGGAACGCGGGAGUGCGUCACUAGGCAUGGCGUUUUGCGGCCUUUCUGCCCAACGCGAGGACGGAACCGUGGUGACAGUUGAUGGCGGGUCUCGAGCAGCAAAGAACUACCGGCAUCCGAAGACGCUCGAAGAUUUUGUGGCACUCCUCAAGUCGUUUCUCAGUUUCGUGGGCGUGGAAACUCUUAGAAAGGACGUUGCCGCCUCGCUGUUGUGCCAGCUUGGGGAACUUGAGUCGGUGCUUGAGCAGUUCACGAUUGCGAAUUUCUACGGGAGCAGCGUUCUGCUCGCCUACGACGCUAUAGCCGCGGCAGACAGCUCGAAUGUAGGUGGCGGGGUGGACGCGCGAUCCGCAAGGCCGCAAGUGAAACUGGUCGAUUUCGCUCAUGUGACAAUCAUGCCUGAGAACCCCGAUCUGGCUGGACUCCUCUUCGGGCUGAGGCACCUUCAAAACGCACUGCGGCAGGCCGCCGCGAGCUCCGCGUCAAAGGACCAUUUUUUUCUAGAGGAAAGGGAAUAAUAAGUGCCGACGCAGCGUUCAGAAGCAGAAAUGUACAACGAGUCGGUAUACAUGUAUCACCAGUUUUUGUCCAUUGCUCAAGCUUUGUUUGUGUCAUUGUACCCCGAAGGGAACAUCUCACCUGCUCCCCUAGAAAUGCGGUGCAGGCAGGGUCUUGUUGCUCCACACGUCCGCAGGAACGCAUUUUUUUGCUGAAGGUCUCGGUGACGCGCAGACGGUUUCCAAAGCGCACUUCUCCCCCAAUAUCUUUUGAAUAAUUUCAAGAAGUUCUCUCUUGUGUCGAGCAGUCAGGUUGCAA